AUGCACGGAAAGAGGCUGUUCGUGGAUACCGUCCGAGGAGUCCGAGGUACUAUAUCUCAAACAGAAGAAAGUCAUCUUCCAUUGUUCACUGUGAAGAUGCAAUCAUGUAUCUAG